AAAAAAAAUCUGAAGCACUCACAGACAGACAGGCAGUGGAAACGAAGACAGCACAGCCAUGAGGGCAGCUGGUUGGCUCUGAAGAGGGAAGGUGCUGCAAAUGAGAAGAGAGAGAGAAAGAAGAGAGUUCUUCUUCAUGUGGGGCAUGAGUCACCUCACACUUCAGGUGCAUGUGGUAAUAGCUCUUUAUGUAUUCUUCAGAUGGUGUCAUGGAGGAAUUACAAAUAUAAACUGCUCUGGCAACCUGUGGGUAGAGCCUGGCGACAUUUUUCAGAUGGGUAUGAACGUUUCUGUAUAUUGCCAAGAAGCCCUUAAGAACUGCCGACCAAGGAAGCUUUACUUUUACAAAGAUGGCUUUAAACAAAGAUUUCAUAUCACAAGGAUUAAUAGGACAACUGCUCGAAUUUGGUAUAAAGGCUUUUCAGAACCUCAUGCAUCCAUGCAUUGCACUGCUGAAUGUCCUGGGCAUUUUCGAGAGACUCUCAUUUGUGGGAAAGACAUUUCCUCUGGAUAUCCACCAGAUGCCCCCAGCAAAGUGACGUGUGUCAUUUAUGAAUACUCAGGCAACAUGACUUGCACCUGGGACACUGGGAAGCCCACCUACAUAGAUACCAAGUAUGUGGUGCACGUGACGAGUUUAGAGACAGAAGAAGAGCAGCAAUAUCAUGCCUCAAGCUCUGUUAACAUCUCCACUGACUCACUGCAAGGUGGCAGGAAGUAUUCGGUAUGGGUCGAAGCCGCCAAUGCCCUAGGCACGGAGAACUCACAACGACUGCAAGUCCAUCUGGAUGAUCUAGUGAUACCUUCUGCAUCCAUCAUCUCCAGGGCUGAGACUGUGAAUGCUACUGUGCCCAAGACCAUAAUUUACUGGAAUAGCAAAACCAUGAUCGGGAAAGGAUUCUGUGAAAUGAGAUACAAAGCAACAACAAGCCAAGUGUGGACGGUUAAAGCAUUUGACACCAAUUUCACACAUGUGCAGCAGUCAGAAUUCUACCUGGAGCAAAACAGCAAGUACGUAUUUCAAGUGAGAUGUCAAGGAAUGGGUAAAAGAAACUGGCAGCCUUGGAGUUCACCCUUUGUCCACCAAACUCCCCAGACAGUCUCCCAGGUCACAUCAAAAUCAUCCUAUGAGCCUCAGAAGAUUGAGGUGUUCACUGCUACAAUCUUCAAAGGACAUCUUACCUCUGAUAAUAGUGAAGACAUUGGAUUUUUGUCGGGAAUGGUCUUCUUGGCCAUCAUGUUGCUGAUUUUUUCUCUGAUUGGGAUAUUUAACAGAUCGCUUCGAAUAGGAAUGAAAAGAAAAGUCUUACUGAUGAUCCCAAAGUGGCUUUAUGAAGACAUUCCUAACGUGGAAAAUAGCAAUGUUGCAAAAUUAUUACAGGAAAAAGGUAUAUUUGAGAACAAUAACACUAGCGAGCAGGCCCUGGAUGUCGACCCUGUGCUUACAGAGAUAAGUGAGAUCUCUCCACUGGAACACAAGCCCCCAGAUCACAAAGACAAACGGUUCACGGGACUCCUGGAGACAAGAGACUGUCCAAUAACUGUGUUGUCCACCAGCUCUUCUGUUGUGUACAUUCCUGAUCUCAACACUGGAUACAAACCCCAGGUUUCAAACGUGCCCCCUGGAGGAAACCAUUUCAUUAACAGAGAUGAGAGAGACUCUGCAACCUUUGAGGCCACAGGUGACCACUUCGCCAGAGUGAGAACAUAUCCCAACUUUGCAUUUUCUGUCUCAAAUAUGACCUUACUAAACAAAACAUUAAUUUUUGAUGAAUUGAAUCUUGUUUUAAAUCAAGGUGAACUCAAUCCUCUUGGCAUACAAAACUCAAGACAGGAGGAAACCAACAUGGUUUUGGAAAGUGACUCACCCUGUGAGACCAUCCCAGAGCAGACCCUGUUGUCUGAUGAAUUUGUCUCCUGUUUGGCGAUGGGGAGAGAGGACCUGCCAUCUAUUAAUUCUUACUUUCCACAGAACAGUCUGGAAAGCCACUUCAGUGGUAUUUCACUCUUGCAAAAGUAGACUAUCCCAUCAAAGUCCGCGUGAGAAGCCGUUUUUCCACCACAAGCCAGAUCUUUCCUCAGAAGAAGUGUAGUCACUGUUCUAAGCACCAGGAUGGAACACAUCUCACCUAUAAAACAAAACAAAAAAAGAAAGACAGCCAGGGUGUGUUUGUUUGUUCUCAUUUUAAUAUUCCCACUGAAGACAGGAUCUCACAAGCCUAUCGUGACUCUAACUCACUAUAUAGCUGAGGAUGGCUAAACUCCUGAUUUUCCUGGCUCUUUCCCCCAAGGGCUAGGAUUAAAGUUGUAUGCCACCAGAAACAUUUCUUUCAUACUUUCUUCAUUAAAUUGCACAGAACAGCUCUGUUUGUAUAAAGGAUAAAUAGUGCAGAGUACAGGGUAGUGAAAUAAAUGUAGAAAAUGGGCCUU